AUGCAUAAGCGACGAAAUGCAUCCCCAGGGGACCACUGGGCAAAGCGGCAUCAGACGGGGGAUCCGAGAAAAAACGACGAAUUUGUCAAUAGCGCCGAGCCAUCAAAUCAAGCGUUGGCAUCGCUUGCAGAACAAGCAGAUGAGCUCGUAGAUUGUCUCCAAGCCUUGAAGCGCCAGUUCUCACAGAGCAAGAACCCUGCAGAGCUCCAGCUCGGAAAUGUAAAAUCACGACUGUCUCGAUUGACGAAGCAGCUGCUUCCUUCAUUUCAGAUCCUCGGCUCUCUUGAAGAGCCUGAACCUGAGGCUCCACAGCCCAUAGUUGAGACAACACCAGUGGCAUCAGUAGUCACCCAUGACACUUCUAGCAUACCAUUGCUCUCCAAUAUCAGGGUAACACCAUGGACCUCAUCAGAGAUUCAGCAAGAAUGGCCGCCUUUACCUCCUAUUUUGGACCCUAAACUCAAAGAAGAAGUAUUCACACACCCAGGGCUUGGGUUGAAGUACAACUAUGAGCGCCUAGAAUGGCUAGGCGAUGCAUAUCUCGAACUUAUCGCGAGCUCUCUCAUUCACCAAACAUUCACACAGCUGCGUUCUGGGGCUUGCUCUCAACUCCGCGAGAGAUUGAUUCGAAAUGUCACUCUCGCCGAGUACUUUCGACAUUAUGAUAUGUCUCAGUGGGCCAAGCUUCCGGGUGCCUUUGGUGAUUACAAGGGCCAUGGGCGAGGCAGGUCAAAGGAUAAAGACUUGGUGAAGACACAGGCCGACAUGUUUGAAGCCUAUGUCGCAGCUGUAAUUCUCUCGGAUUCUCAACAAGGCCUCACGAAAGUGGUAGAGUGGCUAAAAACACUCUGGGGCAGGACUAUCAAGGAAGAUAUCUACAAAGCCGAAGCAGCAAAAAAGCGAUCAGAAGGUCAAUCAGCAACUGCGGAGGUGACAAGCUCAACUGCAAAGCAGCGGCUGAGCGUGAAAAUCGUAACCAAGGGGGUUACGAUUGACUACAAGGAUCUCCCUGGCGAGAAGAAGGACAAAAAUCUCGGACUACCUCUGUUUACUGUUGGAGCAUAUCUUACCGGCUACGGCGAGGUUGGAAGACUAUUGGCAGUUGGCACAGCCCUAAGCAAAAAGGACGCUGGCCAAAAAGCUGCUGAGACGGCAUUGCAGAACAAGCGACUGAUCCAGGCAUACGAGGAAAAGAAGAGGCAGUAUAUGCAAGCUAGAGACGGCGAUUCGGUUUUGAACAGCCUUUUAUCUGAGUGGUGA